AUGGCUUCGCCCAGGUGGAAAGAGCUUUACAAGUACGCAGCGUGCGAUCUCGCUGAUGGCCUGCUCAAGCUCGACGUCCCAGGCGCUGGCUUUCUUGCUAAUAUACAGCCGAUGCCUCACACCGCAAAUGUAUCCAAGCCAGAGCUGAAGAAAGUCCUCGCGCCUGCAUCGACGUUUCUCAUGGCUCCCAAAGCCACCAAAUCGUUUCCUAGCACUGCUACGUUGCCUACGAAUGCGCCAGCUUCGAACCUGCCAGAUUCAAGACCAUACGCUGACUAUGCGGAGGUCGGCACCAUUGUUGUUAUCAGUCAACCACCGGGCCAGUCCUGCGCAGUGGUAGGAGGCAUUAUGGCAGCGCGCAUGAAGCACCUUGGCGCGCAUGGCAUAGUAGUCGAUGGCAGAGUGCGAGAUCUGGUUGCGCUGAAUGAGACGCAGCUGCCAAUCUGGUCGAACGGAACGUCGAUCAUCGGCGCGGGAGCAGAGACAAAGUUCCAUGCACACAACGUGCCUGUUCAUAUUGGCCAGACGACUGUCGAGGCCGGCGACAUCGUCAUGAUCGAUCCGUUCGAGAACGGUGUGGUCGCCGUGCCGCAGGGUAAGGUUGACGAGCUGCUUGAGCUGCUACCAAAACUCGUGGGCGCGGAUGACAAGGUGAUUGCAGACGUAGAGGCGGGCGUAAGCGUUCAGGAAGCAUUCAACAGACAUCGUAGCUAG